UUUGCCCUAAACACCUCAGAAAGGUUCGUGGUCCCGCAGUGCAGGACCGUGCUUCAAGGCAAAGAUUGGUUUUCAGUUCAGCGGUGAUGUCUCUGAUAACAUUUCACCUGCUGGUGUCACAGCUCACCCCUCAGUGUUAGGGGAAGGAGGUGAACUGGGGACACUCUUUCCUACUUGUUUACGUGCUCCUUUGAGAGCAAGUUGCUCUUAGUCGGCUUCUUUGUUGUAGACAGAUCCAGGUGCUGCAACAUAGGAAGUCUGGAAGGGAAGAGAGAACAGAAGAGUUACAAAGCUCUCUUAGAAGAUCCGAUGCUGAAGUUCUCAGGACUCUAUCAAGAAACUUGCUCUGACUUGUAUGUAACUUGUCAGGUGUUUGCAGAAGGGAAGCCUCUUGCUCUACCAGUUAGAACUUCCUACAAGGCUUUUAGCACUAGGUGGAACUGGAAUGAGUGGCUGAAACUGCCUGUGAAGUAUCCGGACUUGCCUCGCAAUGCACAAGUGGCUCUGACCAUCUGGGAUGUAUAUGGACCUGGUAAAGCAGUUCCUGUGGGAGGAACAACAGUCUCGCUCUUUGGGAAAUAUGGUAUGUUUCGUCAAGGUAUGCAUGAUUUGAAAGUCUGGCCCAAUGUAGAAGCUGAUGGCUCGGAGCCCACCAAAACUCCUGGGAGAACCAGCAGCACAGUCUCUGAAGAUCAAAUGAGCCGCUUGGCAAAGCUCACCAAGUCUCAUCGGCAAGGUCACAUGGUAAAAGUGGACUGGCUGGACAGACUGACAUUUAGAGAAAUAGAAAUGAUCAAUGAGAGGGAAAAACGAAGUUCUAAUUUUAUGUACCUGAUGAUUGAAUUCCGUUGCGUCAAGUGUGAUGAUAAAGAAUAUGGAAUAGUUUACUACGAAAAGGAUGGUGAUGAGUCAUCUCCAAUUUUAACAAGUUCUGAAAUUGUGAAGAUUCCAGAUCCCCAGAUGUCUAUGACAGUGCCUAAGUACAGUUCUAGAAAAGAUUUCCAUUAUUGUGGAUGCCAAUUCAGUGGGACUGGUAUUGGCAGCUUUGGGAACCUUAAUGAGAACUUAGUAGAAAGCAAACAUCACAAGCUUGCUCGAAGUUUAAGAAGUGGACCUUCUGAUCAUGAUCUGAAGCCUAAUGCAGCUACGCGAGAUCAGCUUAAUAUCAUAGUGAGUUACCCACCGACAAAGCAGCUAACGUACGAGGAACAGGAUCUAGUUUGGAAAUUCAGAUAUUACCUUACUAAUCAGGAGAAGGCCUUGACAAAAUUCUUAAAAUGUGUCAACUGGGACCUACCACAGGAGGCAAAGCAAGCACUAGAGCUACUGGGAAAGUGGAAGCCCAUGGAUGUGGAAGACUCUCUAGAACUUCUGUCAUCACACUUCACCAACCCAACGGUUCGGCGCUAUGCUGUCGCCCGGCUUCAGCAGGCUGAUGAUGAGGAUUUGCUGAUGUACCUGCUACAGUUAGUCCAGGCAUUGAAAUAUGAAAACUUUGAUGACAUAAAGAAUGGACUGGAACCUAGCAAGAGGGACAGUCAAGGUUCAAUGUCAGAAAGCAUGACAACAUCUGGAACUAACGGUGCAGAAAUAGAAAGUUCCCAGAUCAUGAGUCCUAUUCCACCUGUUUCCUCACCACCUCUUACUUCUAAGACAAAGGAGUUUGCAGACAGUGAAAACCUUGAUGUGCUUAGACUUCUUUACAACUUAAUUUUGCUUUUCUUAAAUCCCUUCCAGCAAGACCUUUGCACUUUCUUGAUAUCACGAGCAUGCAAAAAUUCCACGUUGGCAAACUACUUGUACUGGUAUGUAAUAGUGGAGUGUGAAGACCAAGACACUCAGCAGAGGGACCCAAAGACUCACGAAAUGUACUUAAAUGUGAUGAGAAGAUUUAGUCAGGCUUUGCUGAAGGGUGAUAAGUCUGUCAGAGUUAUGCGUUCAUUGUUGGCAGCCCAGCAGACAUUUGUAGAUCGGCUGGUUCAUGUAAUGAAAGCAGUGCAGCGUGAAAGUGGGAAUCGUAAGAAAAAGAAUGAGAGGCUUCAGGCAUUGUUAGCAGAUAAUGAAAAGAUGAAUUUAGCAGAUAUGGAACUUAUUCCACUUCCUCUGGAACCUCAGGUGAAAAUUAAAGGGAUAAUCCCUGAAAAAGCCACACUCUUCAAGAGUGCCUUAAUGCCUGCUCAGUUAUUCUUCAAGACAGAAGACGGAGGCAAAUACCCUGUAAUUUUUAAGCAUGGUGAUGAUUUACGUCAAGAUCAACUUAUUCUUCAGAUUAUUUCACUCAUGGAUAAGCUGUUAAGAAAAGAGAAUCUGGAUUUGAAACUGACACCCUAUAAAGUGCUGGCAACUAGUACAAAACAUGGCUUCAUGCAGUUUAUUCAGUCAGUACCAGUUGCAGAAGUUCUUGCUACUGAGGAAAGUAUACAGAACUUCUUCAGAAAACAUGCACCUAGUGAGACUGGCCCUCAUGGAAUAAGUGCAGAGGUGAUGGACACAUAUGUUAAGAGCUGUGCUGGUUAUUGUGUAAUUACUUACAUUCUCGGAGUUGGAGAUAGACAUCUGGAUAAUCUUUUGCUAACAAAAACAGGUAAACUAUUUCACAUUGACUUUGGUUAUAUUUUGGGUCGGGACCCUAAGCCUCUACCUCCCCCAAUGAAGCUGAAUAAGGAAAUGGUGGAAGGUAUGGGAGGCACACAGAGUGAACAGUACCAGGAGUUCCGUAAGCAGUGCUACACAGCCUUUCUCCAUCUCCGCAGGUAUUCCAACUUGAUCUUGAACUUAUUUUCCCUCAUGGUGGAUGCCAACAUUCCAGAUAUUGCUCUCGAACCUGAUAAGACUGUAAAAAAGGUGCAGGACAAAUUUCGUUUGGACCUGUCUGAUGAAGAAGCUGUCCAUUAUAUGCAGAGUCUAAUUGAUGAAAGUGUCCAUGCCCUCUUUGCAGCUGUGGUGGAGCAGAUACACAAGUUUGCACAGUAUUGGAGAAAAUAAGCCUUUUGCCUACCUGUGGUGGAAACAAGCAAAUGCUCAAGAAAGAGACUUUCUCAAGCCCUUGUGGACUUCACCAAACAGUUUUGGAAAGCAAAAGCUGCAGUUUUGGUAGCGUGGAGAAUUGAGAGCUCAGGAGGUAGAGAGGCUUUUUUGAGUCUCUGUUCAUUGAAGGUUUAAAAACAACCAUUUUUUAAAGGAAAAUGGUUGUUUAUACCAUCCUUGGGGCUCAGAUGCUAUGGCAUUUCUUUCCACUGAAAACAUUUGAGCCUCAAAAGUUGAAGUAAGCAACUUCCUCUCAAGCCAAAGAUAACUGGAAGAGGCUGCAUUUGAUGGUAAAUUCUUGUACCUGUUAAUAUAUUUUCUUAUUUAAAAAUAGAAAUCAUUGCUGUACUGAACAAGAGUAUGUACAAAGUUAGAACAGUGAGGUUACAGUUCCUCAGUGCAGAAAAAAACACAAAACUAUGGCAAUCUCCUCUCUUCCCUUCCCACCAACUUUGUUCCGUGAGUAAGUUUUAAUGUAAUGCGUAUGAUCCUUUAUUUCCCACCUUGGGCAAUGUUAUCAGUUAGAAAGGACAAUCAUUUCUCCCCUGCUUACAAAAAUGUUUUUAAGUGCUGAUAAGUUAGCCAGCUGUAGGCAGCCAAUUAAAUCAUCACUAACAGGCUCAGCAACCAGAAUGCACAGUGAGCGGUUCAGUAUUUCACACCUUAACUCUGAAUGUUUUCUGUACAGUGAUUAUAUAUUCUUGACUCUAAUAAAGUCUUUGUU